AUGGAAGGUGCAGAAGAAGUUGCAGUAUGUGCAGAGAUUGAUACAAGUGCACCAUUCCGAUCAGUUAAAGAGGCCGUCGUCUUGUUCGGUGACCGGGUUUUAGCCGGUGAGCUCUAUGCCAACAAGCUCAAACAGACUGCAAAGAUGCAGAUGCAGGAUGAAGCCAGUGAAUAUGGCCGCAUCCCUUCGAGGCUUGGAACUGUGACAGCUGAGUUAGAGGAGACAAAGCAAAGCCUUCAAAAGGCACAGGAGGAAAGCAUGCAAAUGGCAAGGUGCCUCUCUACUUUACAAGAAGAACUCGAAAGGACUAAAAUGGAGCUUCAACAACUAAUGCAACACGAAAAAUGCUUGCUCGAUUUAGAGAUUAAUGGAGAGCUCAAAUUUGUCGAAGACUCUACAAAAUUACGAGUAAAGGAAACAUGUUCUGAAAAAAUUGAGUUUCAGAAAAAGAAAUAUGUGAGAUUUGCAAAUCCUCCAUCUGUUUCUCAAAUUUUAGUACCGGAACCAAGUGAUGAUGCUGUGCUCAAAAGGCACCCUUCUCUAAAGAAGAAGAAGAACAAGAAGCAAUUGAUCCCACUUAUUGGAAGGAUUUUUUCAAUAAUUAAAAGGAAUCCUGAAUAA